AUUCUUUUCAGUUGUCAGAUUUCCAAGCCUGUUUGCGAUCACCGAAGUGGAUUGAUUUAUUUAUUUGGUGGAUUUUUAUGUAAAUUACAUAAUUAUUUCGUAAUCCAAGGACGAUUAACAGUUCAUCAAUGGAUCCCCCGACGGAACCCUCCAAGCCGGCACACGAAUCUGAGGCGGACGCCGCGCUGGCAGCUUCUGCGGCCAACGCCGUCGAGCAGUGGCGCACCUACCAGAAUGCGUACUACCUUUACCAGCAGCAACAGGCCGCGUACGAGCAUUAUAUGAUGAAGCAAGCAACGCUGACCAAUCCGGAGGAACAGGCGGCGGCCUAUAACCAGUAUUUGGAGGCGCACCAGGGCUACCAGAAGCAGUUGGAGCAGUACGAGCAGCAAAAGUACUACCAGGAGUACUACGCGACGGGCGGACAACCUACGGUCACGACGGCGGCUGGCCCCGCUCCGGUUGGCUAUCCGGUUCCUGCUCCGUACCAGCCUCCGCCGGUCAUGCCCGUUCCACCAACCUACUCCACUCCGUUGGCCAACGUAGAUCCGUUCUACAAGAAGGCCAAGGACCACUUCCGCGACCGGUCGCAGCUCAAGCGUCGCUCGGAGUCGUUCGAGAAGAAAACCAAGGUUUACACCACGACCACUUACUACGCCAACCCGGACGACGAGCAGCUGUUUCCGGCGGCGCUAAAGGCGCUCUUCAAGGACCUCGAGUGUAAUCUCUGCAUGAGUAAGAUGAACUCGCACAUCUCCGCCAACGUGCACUACCAGUCGAAGGUGCACGAGCGCAAGAUCAUCCAGUGGCUCAAGGAGUGGUGCGAAACGACCGGAACGCCGAUGCCGGUGCGGGCCAAGCGCAAAGUGGUCGAUAUCGAGCCCGUGGGCCCCAACUCGUUGCGCUGCGAGGCGUGCGACCUGCCGCUGACGUCGAUUCAGCACGCCAACCAGCAUUACACCGGCAAGCGGCACCAGAUGGUGGUGCGCGGCAAAAAGAACCCGGCCGGCCGGGGCUACUUCAACAAGGAGACGGGCACGUGGACGCGGACUUCCAACGAAGUCAUCGACGAUGAUCGCUUCGGCAUUGGUUCGUCAUUCAAGAACAAGGCCCACUUCAACGCUCGGGAGGCCAAGAAGGCAAAGCUGGAGCCGCCUCCGUCGCCGCCGAAGGAACUGAUGGGAACUUCAACCGCCCCGACCACGAUGGAAAUCCCGGCAACCCCGGUCUACACCAUGCCACCGACUCCGGUCUACGGUCAACCGCCGGCCACUCCGAUGUACGGAGGUGUUCCUCCGCCGGCUACCCCUCUCUAUCAAGCUCCACCGGCUGUGGUGGCCGCUCCGUCUUACCCUCCACCGCAGAUCGCUCCAGGUUACGGCGCCGCCCCCGCCGUCUUCCAGACUCCUCCGCCAACCGUGCAAACCACUUCAGUUGAUGCGGAAAUUCUGCGCAAGGAAAGUGCCGACUGCGUUGACGCUUCCGGCGUGUUUUGUCUCGUUUGCCAGAUUGGCGUUACGUCGAAAGCCGUAAUGGAAACCCACCUGAAAGGGUCCAAACAUCUCAAGAAGCUAAAAAUGGUCGGUCGCAUGGUGCCCCGGAAGGGCUCAGCCGCCACCGAAAGCAUCCUGGAAACGCUGAACAAGCCGCCGCAGCAGAACGAUUGGUCGCUGUACCGGAUGCCGUCGGGCAAGUACUACUGCAAGUCGUGCAACUCGAUCAUGGCGGACGAGAAGCUGUUUUCGCAGCACUGGUACGGCAAGAAGCACAAGCUGAAGGUCAAGCAGGAGAUGGAGGAGCUGUCGGGAAAGGCAGGGGGAGGGGAGGCCAAGGGCAAGUUUUACAACCGGCGCCCCUUCGGGAAGAAUCGCUUUGUGCAGCCGCAGGCGCAGUAGGCUGGUGUAGCGCGAGGGGAAUUGAUUGAUAUGUAUUCGAUUUGAGAUUGUGACAGUAAAGUUUUGCUUCGUGUUUGACAUUCUUGGCGUAAUAAAUUAUGAAUAGCA